AGGCUGCUCGGGACCGGGGCGCAGAGUCCGCGGACCCGGAGCCGAGGCGGCCACCGAGACGCGGCGCGCACGCUCCGGCCCGCGCCCGGCCUGGCCAUGGCGGCCCCCCGCCCGCCUCCCACGAUCUCCGUCUCCGUCUCGGCUCCGGCUUUUUACGCCCCGCAGAAGAAGUUCGGCCCAGUGGUGGCCCCAAAGCCCAAAGUGAAUCCUUUCCGGCCUGGGGACAGCGAGGCUUCCUCGGCCGCCGGGGCCCAGCGCGCACAGAUGGGCCGGGUGGGCGAGAUCCCCCCGCCGCCCCCGGAAGACUUACCCUUACCACCUCCUCCUCUCCUUGGGGAUGGCGACGACGCUGAGGGCGCCCUGGGAGGUGCCUUCCCACCGCCCCCUCCCCCGAUCGAUGAAUCGUUCCCCCCUGCGCCCCUGGAGGAGGAGAUCUUCCCUUCCCCGCCGCCUCCGGUCGAGGAGGAGGGAGGGCCUGAGGCCCCCAUACCUCUCCCACAACAGCCCAGGGAUAAGGUGAGCAGUAUUGAUCUGGAGAUAGACUCUCUGUCCUCGCUGCUGGAUGACAUGACCAGGAAUGAUCCCUUCAAAGCCCGGGUGACAUCUGGAUAUGUACCCCCACCAGUGGCCACUCCAUUCAUUUCUAAGUCCAGUACUAAGCCUGCAACUGGGGGCACAGCACCCCUGCCUCCUUGGAAGUCCCCUUCUAGCUCCCAGCCUCUGCCCCAGGCUCAGGCUCAGUCUCUCAGCCAGACACAGUUCCAUGUGCAGCCCCAGCCCCAGGCUCAGGCUCAGUCUCCCAGCCAGACACAGUUCCAUGGGCAGCCCCAGCCCCAGGCCCAGGCCCAGGCCAAGCCUCAGGUUCAGCUCCAUGUCCAGCCCCAGCUCCAGCCCCAGGCCCAGCCCCAUCCCCAGCCUGUGCCUUUGGCUAACACCCAGCCUCGAGGGCCUCCAGCCCCACCUCCUGCCCCUAAGUUUUCUCCAGUGACUUCUAAGUUUACUCCUGUGGCUUCCAAGUUCAGCCCUGGAGCCCCAGGUGGACCUGGGUCACAGCCUUCUCAAAAGUUGGGGCCCUCUGAAGCUCCCUCUUCUACUGGCACAGGCUCCCCUCAGCCCCACAGUUUUACCUAUGCUCAGCAGAGGGAGAAGCCCCGCGUGCAGGAGAAGCAGCACCCAGUGCCCCCACCAGCUCAAAACCAGGUGCGCUCCCCUGGGGGCCCAGGACCUCUGACUCUGAAGGAGGUGGAGGAGCUGGAGCAGCUGACCCAGCAGCUGAUGCAGGACAUGGAGCAUCCUCAGAGGCAGAACGUGGCCGUCAAUGAGUUCUGCGGCCGGUGUCAUCAGCCCCUGGCACGUGCGCAGCCCGCAGUUCGUGCUCUGGGGCAGCUGUUCCACAUCACGUGCUUUACCUGCCACCAGUGUGAGCAGCAGCUGCAAGGACAGCAGUUCUACAGCCUGGAGGGGGCGCCGUACUGUGAGGGCUGCUAUACUGACACCCUGGAGAAGUGCAACACCUGUGGGCAGCCCAUCACUGACCGCAUGCUGAGGGCCACGGGCAAAGCCUACCACCCGCAGUGCUUCACCUGUGUGGUCUGCGCCUGCCCCCUGGAGGGCACCUCCUUCAUUGUGGACCAGGCCAACAGGCCCCACUGCGUCCCUGACUACCACAAGCAGUACGCCCCCCGGUGCUCCGUCUGCACUGAGCCCAUCAUGCCGGAGCCUGGCCGCGAGGAGACCGUGCGAGUGGUCGCCCUGGACAAGAACUUCCACAUGAAAUGCUACAAGUGUGAGGACUGUGGGAAGCCGCUGUCCAUUGAGGCGGAUGAUAACGGCUGCUUCCCCCUGGACGGCCAUGUGCUCUGCCGGAAGUGCCACACUGCCAGAGCCCAGACCUGAGUGAGGACUGCGGGCGCAUUCCCCAUCAGCGGAUCACCCACACUUGAGACCACUCCCCCUCCACCUGCCCCACCCCCCUCAGUUAUUUUUUGAUGUCCAGCCCCUUUCUCCAUUCAGCUCCCACCCCAGUGUCCCAAGUGCCCUGAUCUAGGGCCCCCAAUGUGGCUUCAGGCUGCAACAGAGUCCCAGCCCUGGGCUCCCAGCCCUCUCCCAUCCUGCAGGGACCACCCACCACCGUCCAGGUACCCCACCUGAGGGGGCGCCAGCUUGAGCGCUGCUGCUUUCACUGCUGCACCGAUGCCCUCGGCUGGCCCCUGAGCAGCCUCGUCCUCUGCUUGCUGAGGGCCAGAGACGCCCUGACCCUCUGGGAGGCUGGGCUGGGCUCACCUGCCGGGACAUUCCCACCCGCCCCCAUGCUGCCAGGUUGUGGCUACAGCUACAAAUAAAAACCUUGUUUUCCAGAA